AUGAAAACUAUGAUUGUUUCGUUCAUCGUUUAUCUUCUACAAUUGUAUGCAACCGACACAGGGAGUACUAGUACUGUAACAGAUACCAGUGACGACUUCAUAAUCAGACAAUAUAUGGAGUUAGAGUAUAUGGAUGGGGAUUAUGUGAAAACGCUACCAGUGGAUGAAUCAUUUUUCGAGCGAUAUAGCGAUGUAGACCUGUGUAAAGAGGUGCACAAGAGCUUUUGUAGACAUCAAAAAGUAGGCGAACUGUGUUCGAGGUACAUAAAGACCUUCUUACAGGAGGGAAAUAUUCUCGAAAAGGAACUAAGUCAUGUUCCUGAGAUAAUUGGAGCAAAACAAGGGACUGAAGAGAUGGAGACAAGACGAGAGUAUUGAGUUGUAAAGCGUGUGAGAGGAAAUGAUGGAACCAAAUAUGUCAUAGUAG